AUGGAAUUCAAGUUCAAACUGCAAAAGACACCUCAUUCUCACCCUGCUCGUGCUCAAAAGGCUCAGAAACCAUCCAGCUUAGUUUUCGUCAAUGUCAGCAACCCGAAAGAAGCCAAAGACAGAGCAACCCUGCAGAAAGUGCGUCGCCAUGUCAUGAAAGAUAUCGGUAGAUCAAGAAAAUCUCCUCUAAGCUAUGAUUCGACUGCCACAAAGUCACUGUAUCAAGUCGGACAAAUGCCCACCUAUUGGGGCGAUGUUCAAGUUUGCGUCAACGUCAAGCGCGUUUUCUGGGCUAUGGAAAUGGUUUCCGGAGCACUUUUAUCUAUAACUAUUGUUGAUCCAGCAAUUAGAGACCAGCAGAAGAUCACUAGGCGUCAGGAUCAGCCGCCUUCCUUGAAAGACAUCGAGCAGUACACGCAAUCACUUGGUACAGUUCGCAAAUCUAUUCUUGCCGAGAGUUUUGUCCGUCAGAGAGCGAUAAUGGGAACUGUGAUAUGUUUAGCUGUGUUUGAUAUGCGGGUUGGUAAUUUGGGCUCGUGGACGAUGCACAUGGCAGGACUUCAGAUGAUCCUCGACCUGACUGGAGGUGUUGAAGCUCUAGACCCCAAUUCUCCUUUACGACAGGCUCUGUUCUUAGCCGAUCUUUUUGGUUCCUUGAAACAAGACAUCUCACCAAAGUUUCCGUUGCUUCAUCUGCAGUUCGAGUCGCAAGCGACCUUGUCUCCAUACAACCAGGGACUGGUAGAAUCAAUGGAAGAACUGCAACUGCCAGACCAGACGCCAAUAGUCACCAUCCUGAAUUCCUUUGCAUAUGCCUCUCGGGUUGCGGCGCUUCUGAAUAAACAGUGGGCGGAAAAUCCGACUGAUUCCAGUUUUGUUCUACCAACAUGUAGUCUUGCACAUCAGACAUUAUCCCUCCAAAGAUGGGAUCUAGUCACAGAAGAAGGCAUGGCAACUACUUCUCAAGUCUCGGCACUAGCAGAACUUGUACGCAUUGCCACAGUGUCUCUUUUCUGUAUCAUUGUGUCUCAGACUUCGGGAGAUCUUGGAUAUAUCAUCCCUCGCCGCGAUGUUCCUUUUCAAUAUCUAAUGUCCCUGAUCGAUGAUAAAUUCUGGGAUGGGAAGCGGGAGUUAAAACUGUGGUUAUUAGUAAACCAGUUCUGCGUAGAAGCAGCCUUUCCGAGAAUAUGGUAUCUGGAGAAAAUUGUCGAUACGAUGUCACAAGGCGAUCUCUGCUCCUGGAAGGAUUUGAUGUCAUGUUUACGGGAGGUGGUUUGGAUUGAGGGUUUAGCCCCAUUAGACAUGACACAGCUGCGUCUGUAUAUCGAUAAAAGAUUAUCAUAG